GGAUUGGACACGAUCGUGCGUAGAACAAGGGAUUUUACAUACAAAAACCCUUGUUUUGCGCACGGUCGUGUCCAGUCCGUACAGGGGGGAUACUGUAAGCCAACUAUAGUAUUCCGUAACUAAGACGCAGGGUCCCGAAUGACAUCAGCGGAGCCACUCCCGUCUCACCCGCGACUCGCGUCACAGCGUCUCAGCUUUCAGCUUGCUGCACAUGCGCUGUGCUGUCCUGGCGGCACCCCUCAGGUCCGUCUUUGGUUGGAUCACCUUCACGAUUCCCGAAAACAUCCUGAUCGGCAUGGCCAUCCCACGCCCAACUUCACCGCCAUACGCUCGUUUAGUGGACUGGAUAUCGGGGAUUCCCGGCCCUAGGAUAGGAUCGUGGUCAUCUCUGCGUUUUGGAUGCAGACUUUGGGCAGGUGAUGGGACUUGUACCACCUACCACAGCCGCAGGUCGGGAGAUAUGAGUUGAAAAUAGGCAGGUCGACGACAUUAUGCAAUUUGGGCUGCACUAGAAACUUCAUAGGUUGCGAGUAUUGCUUUCGAGAGACUGCAUGAAAACUCGCUAGUUAGAUUCUUGUCUUUUAUGAAGUCCAUCGUCCAGGAUAGAGUAGUCCUAUAUCGUAGGCCUGCACAGCGAC